UGGUGCAAUACUCAACCAGCAGCUGGUCACUCAGUUCUGCCGGCAAUGGAGAAACUCUGCUUAUGCUGAUGAUUCGAGCUCCAGCGAAGCGAAGGGCUGACAUCCAGGUAUGCUUCGGGCUGCGCUGCUCCCUUUCUUGGUGUCGGAAGCUGCCGACGGAAAGGUGCGAGUGCCGGGCAUCGGCGCGGUGAUGCUGCUGCCAGAAGAGCUGUCGCUGCUCCACUCAGCGCUGGAGGGCAAAAGCUCCUACUUCGAGUUCGGGAGUGGGGCCUCCACCGUCCACGUGGCCGCGCGCUUCCCGGACCUGCGCAUCGUGUCGGUGGACACGGACGCGGCCUGGUCAGGCACGGUGCAGCGCCACCGAUGGCUCCGAGCCAACGGUUCCAGAGGCUCCCGCGUCCGGGUGCGGCAUGUGGACCUCGGCCCGGUGCAGGCCUUUGGAUAUCCGCUUCAGAACCUGAGCUACUGCACCUACCUGAGGAGGCGAUGCCUGGUCUUGGGCCACCAAGGCAGCUGCAUCCACGAGACCUGCGCCAAGCGCGAGUUCGUGGGCCUUCGCUCGACUUGGCCGCGCUUCAGCGACGCGGUGCUCGAGGAGAUGCCGCGCGGAGGUUGGGACGUGGUGAUGGUGGACGCGCGUUUCCGAGUGGCCUGUGCCCUCAAGAGCCUGCAAGCCCUGAAGCCCAAUGGCUUGGUGCUGGUGCACGACUGGCAGGAUGGGCGCGGCUACGAGGAGAUCCAAAACUAUGCGCGUCUGGAGAUGGUGGUGAAGAGCCUCGCCCUCUUCCGGCCCCUGAAAAGCGCGGAUCAGCGGCUGCGGCAUGCGGCGAGACGCUUCGAGUAUACGCCCGGAUGA